AUGCUCCAAGAUCCCCCCUUUUCCUUCUUUACGUGCCUCCUCUUCUUUUUUAUCCUGAUAAUUUAUUUGAAGAGGUUCAAAGCCAAAGACCAAAGCCAUAAGUUGUUGCCUGGGCCAUGGAAACUGCCUCUUAUAGGGAAUUUGCACCAACUGAUUUUCUUUCAACCACAUCGAUGCUUGAGAGAUUUAGCCAAAAAAUAUGGACCCAUUAUGCAACUUCAGUUGGGUGAGGUCUUGGCUAUAAUCAUUUCAUCACCAAAAGUAGCCAAAGAGGUGUUAAAGACACACGAUGCUGCUUUGGCAAAUAGGCCAGUACUCCUUGCCAUUGAAGUUAUGUCUUAUGAUAAUUCAGGUAUGAUCUUUGCCCCUUAUGAUGAAUAUUGGAGACAAAUGCGAAAGCUUUGUGUCAUGCAGUUCCUGAGCGCGAAGCGAAUCCAGUCAUUUAGAUCAAUAAGAGAAGAAGAGGUGUGGAAUCUUGUUGAAGGCAUUUCUUCGUCUGAGGGACUUCAAAUCAAUUUCACAGAGAAAAUCUCCUCCUUGACAUAUGGUAUCACUGCCAGGGCAGCCAUUGGGAAGAAGUGCAAAUAUGAAGAGGAACUCAUAUCACUAAUCAAGGAAACGUUUAUUCUCAGUGGAGGCUUUGAAGUGCCCGAUUUGUUUCCUUCACUAAAGUUCCUUAGCUUCCUUACUGGAAAGAAGCCCGCCUUGAAGAAAAUGCACAAAAAACUUGACAAGAUUCUCGAUGAUAUAAUCAACGAUCAUAAGAAGAAAAGGUGUGCCACUUCAGCCAACAAACAUGCAAGUGAUCAUGACGAUAUAGUUGAUGUGCUUCUAAAACUUCAGGAAUCGGGUGAGCUUGAAUUUAAUCUCACCAGCAACCGCAUCAAAGCUGUAACCCUGGACAUAUUCUCUGGAGCAAGUGAGACUUCAGCAACCAUGAUAGAAUGGUCAAUGUCAGAAUUAUUGAGAAAUCCAAAAGUAAUGGAGAAGACACAAGCUGAAGUGCGACAAGUCCUUAAAGGGCGGAAGAAUAUUGAUGAGGUUGACAUUCAAAAACUAGAUUACUUGAAACUAGUUGUGAAAGAAACUUUACGAUUGCAUCCUCCUGCUGCCUUGAUCCCAAGGGAAUCAAGAGAAAAAUGUGAAAUCAAUGGCUAUGAGAUACCAAACAAUACAAAAGUAUACAUUAAUGCAUGGGCUAUAGGGAGAGAUACUGAAUAUUGGAGUGAUGCUGAUUGCUUUCACCCGGAGAGAUUCCAAGGUUCUCAUAUUGAUUUUAGAGGGGCAAACUUUGAAUUCAUUCCAUUUGGAGGUGGUAGGAGGAUAUGUCCUGGCAUAUCUUUUGCUCUUGCAAACAUUGAACUUGUUCUUUCUCAAUUGCUAUAUCACUUCAAUUGGAAACUCCCUAAUGAGAUCAAACCAGAAGAAAUUGACAUGUCUGAAUCUUUUGGAUUAUCAUGUAGGAGAAAGAAUGAUUUGAAGCUAAUUGCCACUCCUUGGUCUCCUCUUCUUCAUGAAAAACAUUGAAUAAUAGGGAUGCAAAUAUAUUACGUGUGGGUAGUUUCAAGAUAUAGUGAUAAGGUGUUUGGUUGUAGUUUGGUUUGGGUUAUUUAAAUAAAAGGUGAAAAUAUAUGAUUGUAAUAGGGUGAAUUAGAUUAAAGUUGAAACCAUAAGAACUUGACAUAUGUCUAAGUCCUUUGUGGUAUCAAGCAGGAGAAGGAAUGAUUUGAAGCUGUUUGUUACUCAUUAUACUUCUUUUCCUCGAAUAAUAAGGAUGCAAACAUAUUA